GGUGCAACCAAACCGGAAGCGCUGUGACUUCUUCAGCAUCAUCUUCUUUGCUUCACAUCAACUCGUGGAUUGAAUACAUCCAUGGGACCAGCCUGUCACAUUUAAAAGAUAUGGCGGCGUCCAAUUGUUCCCUGCGGGUCAACAGAGAGCUGUUGGACCCCAAGUUUGAAAGUUACAGGUUGUCUCUGGACGCCAUACCAACGUACACCGUAGAGCUGGAUGCUGCUGUGGAGGAAGUGAAGCUGAAGGACACUCAGUACACCCUGGAACAUGUGCGGGCUUUUGGCAUGUACAAUUACCUCCACUUAGACCCUUGGUAUGAAGACAGCGUUUUGUUUGUCGACUGCAAAGGAAGGGUUCUCAGUCUCACCGUCACCCUGGACACGGCCCUGGGGAAGCCGAGAGAGGUCUACCGUAUAACCGCGGACUCCAGCCAGUGUGAGGAUCGUCUUUGCGCGUCCCUCAGCCUCACCUCAGCAACCUGGGCGGCUCUCUCUGACGGCGCCGGCCGACUGUACCUUUUCCGCACCGGCAAGAGGGGAGACAGCUCCCAUUCGAAGUGGGAACCACUGUUCAGUGAAGACAUGGGGGAGCCGUUCACCAUCCGCCACAGCAUCUCACACAUCCAGGACGGAGUCCACACCAUGGAGGUCCUGCUGCUCCGCAUCCAGAAAGACACGCAGGAAACCAAAGGAAGUGGAUACUCUGUGUCUCUUGAGUGGGUCACAGUCACCAACACUGCAGGACAUGGUCAGGAGAAGAAGUACGAGGUGAAGAAGAGGAGGGUCCUCAGGGGGAAGUCUGUGCCUCACUACGCAGCGGUGGAGCCGCAGGGGAAGGGGCUGAUGGUGGCCUCGGAGAAACCGUUCGCCUUCACACACGUGGACGGUCGUCCCGUGGAGCUGCCUGACCCGGAGCCCAUGGAGGUGGAGAAGACAGAUCCCAUUUACUUCUGGCAGCAGACAGCGGAGGACAUCACGGUGUGUGUGCGCAUGCCCGAGGGUUUCACCAAAGAGGAGGUGCAGUUCAAGCUCAAGGCAGACAACAUCAGGCUCGGAGUUCAGGGUUUCCCUCCUUUACUGGAGGGCCAGCUACACGCAUCUGUAGACCCAGAGGCCAGCGCCUGGAUCAUCAAAAAUGACAAAAGCCUGGAGGUGACCCUGCAGAAGCGCAGUGAGGGACCGAUGUGGUCGGAGCUGGUGGUGGGUGACAAGAGAGGGGAGUACAUGACGAGCGAUGAGCAAGCUGCCCUCAUCCACGAGAGACUGACUUUCCUCACCACCGAAGACUUGAACGGAAACCCUGACCGGGACAAGCCCCCUUGUAACUCUCAGGAGCUGGAGGACUGUGAUGGGUUCCCAGAGGACAGCUCCAGUCUCACACACUUUGAUGGAGAAUCACUCAAGCCCACUCAGGUGGUGAAUCUAGGCAGCCAUCAGUACCUGUUCACAGUCGACGUGAACCCCUCCGAGAUGCCAUGCUUCUGCCUCAGACAUGACGUGGACGCUCUGGUGUGGCAGCCUCGUCCCGACCAACCCAGCAACAUGUGGGAGCACGUUGCCACGUUCAAUGCCUUGGGCUACGUCCAGGCGUCCAAACGGGACAAAAAGUUCGCGACCUGCCCUCCCAACUUCUCCUACGCGUCGCUGUGCGAGUGUCUCCGCCGAGCGUUCAUCUACCGACAGCCGUCGCCGGUGGAAACCGUCCUCUUCAACAGGAAGGAGGGCCGUCAGGUAGGUCAGGUUGCCAGGCAACAGGUGGCCAGCUUGGACUCGGAUAAGCCAAUCCUGGGCUUCAGAGCAACCAAUGAGAGACUGUACAUCCUGACCUCCAGUAACCUCUUUGUUCUAAAGGUCAAUAAUAAUUAGAUUUGGGACUCUUUUCAUCAGAACGCGACCAUUCCAAACUAAAGAUCUGUUGUCUGCUACAACUGAAAAAAACCAUCCUCGUGUUUCACCUCCCACAAGUCUUCUGUCUAUAAGAUCACAAAGUAAGGCAACAUGUUCUAAAAGACAAAUCAUAGUAAUAAACGUUCACGAGAACAUUAAAAGGAUUAAAUCAUUAUUUCUUUGAAUGCUUUAAUUCAACAAUUGCCAUGUGAAUCACAUUUGAUUGUACCCAGUGUUCCCUGAAUAUAAAUUGCAUAUAUGUGGUGUCCUAUUAAUGCUCACUGCAUUAUUACAGACAUUUGUAACGCCAUGAAUUCCAAUUCAUAAAUACAAUUGUACACGUUUCUCUUGAUGAAUGACUGAUUGACUGAAUGCUGGCUGUGUUGUAGUAUCUUAUCAGAUGGUCGGUGGGGAGGAGGACGCUGAGGAAAUCCCUCUGCUUGGCUCAUUUUUACAAUCAUUACUGUGGAAAUAUGAAAGAAGUGAACAUUCAUUUCCAUAAAUUUCCAUAAACAUGUUUCACACGUCA